UCCGUUCUACUUUUGUGCUUCUCAGUCCGAUUUCGAACUUUUUACGCGACGGGGCAACAAUUACAAGAAAAGUGAAAACUUUUGAUCAAAAAGGAAAUUUUCUUGUCUCGGUACGGUACGGUAGUGAACCUAUUGAAAUUGUGGACUAUUGAGUGGAGAAAAGUGUCCGUUGGGCUUUCCGCGGAAGCCUUUCGGAAGUGGGCUUGCGUUCGUACAGGUAGAAUAAUGGCUACGAAGGUGCAGCAAAUGUGAAAGUUAUUUUUUUUUUCGUACCCACAAUCUUGGUCGAAAGAAAAAUAUAAGAAGUCCUCUUUCGUCGCACUUCAGUAGGCGAAGGAAAGGGGAAGGAAGUGCAGUGUAGUGCAGAGAAUAAAAUCAGUGUCGUGGCCCUGAAGAUUGACGUGACGACAGGUAGGAGGCUCGAUUCUUCCGGAAGGUUUUGUCAAGGAUUCGAAAGUCUCGAGACGUCAGAAUGUCGGUGGUUCGAACCAAAGUCCUUGGGCUGGUGGACGUAAUAAUGCGCGUCCCGAGCCUAUUCAUCAUCGACGAAAUCCUCAAAAUCAGCAUGGGCCUGCCAAAUUCGGCCCCUGCGACGACAUCCGUAAACACCGCUGCACCGGCGGUGAGUACGACAGCAGCGGUGGAAACAGCCGAAUCAGUGGUCAAUGCAACGUUGAAUGCCACUCUGAACGCGGCGACCGCAGCUGCUGCGGAUUUCCUAGCAGGCGCAUCCGGCACCAUCGGAGGAGCGGACGUGGAGGAUUCCUUUAGAGAUGAUUUCGAGUUCUAUAAGCUUGUUUCGCUGACGACGCUCAAAUUUCUGCUGUGCCUAUUUGGGUGCAUCAGCGCUGCGUGCGUAUUCAUGCUGUGGACACGCCACCUAGUCAUAGUUUACAUGUACAUAGUAUCGGUGGGACUCAUAUUUCUGUCCUACUGGAGUAAUGUUUCGGCCCUGUCGGUAAUAUCGGAUGGACCGAGUCUGCUGGAGGAUAUUUUGUCCCUCAACAUGGAACGACUGUUAGAUCCCGGAGGUGUCGCCCUCUCUAUACUACCCCAUCUGCUGGCACAAUGGCUGAUGGGGGUGAUUUUUGCAUACAUCCAUCUUGGACCAAAAUAUAAACUCAUCCAGAAAGCGCUACCAUUUAGCUUCCUAAUGCCACUGUUCCUGGCGAUGCUGCCGCUGCCAACGGUAGUGCUCAAACAUUCCCCCGCGUUUGCCGCCAUCCUGCCGUUGGUAUUGUCCAAAAUUGCUCUUUGGAGCUCAUCGUUCGACGUUGUCAAGACAAUCCUAAAUGGCUACCAGCACGCUCGUAACUUUGCCAGUAAUUUUGGCAUCUCAGCGCUCAUUGAAAACGAGUGGCAACGACUGAAUGUGCCAUGCGUUUUGAGAGCAUUCUGGACCAUCCGGUUGUCCGAACAGUUGAUCAGCCUGCUCGCAAACUCGGACGUGCCACUAAGGUUCGCUGCAACUGUCCAAAGCUUACUCGUCAGUGGCUGUGAAACGUUGACGGCUGUGUUGGGAAUGACCAGUAUCAUUUCCCUAAUCUGUCACUACAUCGGCAAAGCUUUUCAACUGUUCCUUCUGUCGGAGGACUAUGACGAGGACAAAUCGAUAGGAACCGUGUCGGCGAUACUUUUCUACAUUUUAGCUCUGCAGACGGGUCUUACAUCGCUGUCGCCGGACAAAAGAUUCAUACGUUUGUGUAGAAAUCUAUGCCUUCUGAUUACGGCAUUAUUGCAUUUCCUGCAUAACAUCGUUGCGCCCAUACUUAUGUCCCUCAGCGCGGCAAGGAACCCAUCAAGAAAACGACAUGCUCGUGCGUUGAUGGUUUGUGCAUUUCUACUGUUGACCCCCGUCGGUCUGCUCAGCGUUCUGUGGACUCGACAUUCGCCAUCGACUUGGCUUCUAGCGGUAACAGCUUUCUCAGUGGAAGUUAUUGUUAAGGUUUUAGUUAGCUUGGCUACCUAUACAUUGUUCCUGUUGGAUGCUAGGCGGCAGACUUUUUGGGAAAAACUCGAUGACUACGUGUACUACAUUCGUGCUUUUGGUAACUCAGUGGAAUUCUGCUUCGGGAUAUUCCUUUUCUUCAAUGGCGCGUGGAUUCUAAUUUUCGAAUCAGCUACCAUUCCUGUAGGCGGGGCCAUCCGAGCACUGAUGAUGUGCAUCCACGCGUACUUCAACAUCUGGUGUGAGGCACGUGCCGGCUGGGGAGUUUUCAUGAAGCGACGCACGGCGGUGCACAAAAUAAGCUCGCUGCCGGAAGCGACACCGCUACAGUUGCGCUCCUUCGACGACGUCUGUGCAAUAUGUUAUCAAGAAAUGACAUCAGCCAAAAUUACACGUUGCAAGCAUUAUUUCCACGGUGUGUGUCUGAGGAAGUGGCUGUACGUUCAGGAUCGCUGUCCACUGUGUCACGAAAUUAUAAUGAAUCAAGACGGCAAGAACGGCGAUUGCAACGGCGAACAGCCCAAUGAAGAUGAAAAUGAACAGAACGUCAAUCAUAUGGCCAAUUCCAACUCAGCACCUGCUUCGCUGGGAUCUGCAAACAGCACACAGAACGCACAAACCGAUACCUCGUCGAGUGCCACUACGUCUACUAGUUCCGCUAGUAGUAAUGCCAUUUCUGUGAACAACAGUAGCAGUAGCAGCACAAGCAGCAACAGCAAUCACAGUAGGAACCAUGUGCUCUCGGUGAGUGGCUUCCGAAUCCCAAACCCCUCGUCGGUGACGGCGUCUUCGUCAUCGUCGUCGGCCGUGUCGUCGCCUGUUCCAUCCUCGGCGAGUGGUGCGGCAUCAACUGAAACUGCAGCAGUAACCGCUGCAGCGAUAUCAGAAAUCAUCCGGCAGCACCAGCUGCAGCAGCAACCACAGCAACAGCCGCGCUCUUCAGUAGAUCGGGAUUUUCUGGACGAACUGGAGUAAGCGGUAAUCAUCAUUGGCUCAGUAAGGUAGAAUAGGUGUGCCGUUUUCUUUCGUUUUCUUACAGUUUCGGUGAGAAGAAGAAUUAAACGGAUGAGUGUCCUAUGUGUAUAUUUGUUUUGUGUUACCUUUGGAAGAGACAUUGAAACUCAGUACUUUCAUUGACUCUUUCUACAGUAGCAGUUAUUUUAGCCAAAUUGCGGGACCUAUAUUUUAUAGUUAGCUAAACAGGGGAAUAAAACCCGCCGUUAAAUGGAGAAGAGAAACAUUUAGAUUGUUUUUUUUUGUAUCAGUUCAGAAACCAUACUAGGGUGAAAGACUCGAGGUGCAUAAAAAAAUCUUUUUUGCCCUAUUACAUAGCAACAUGAAUCAAAUUCGAUUGCAAUAUAGCUUACGAGAGGAAACCACAGGUUGCGUGAGGUAAGAUAUAAUGACGCCGUGGGUGGUUGGGUUCGGGUAGUUAAUUUUCUCGGCUUGGGAAAGGGUAAAUUGAAUAAUCGUGUCUUGCGCAGCUAACCCAAAAGUAAUUAUUGCUUUCGGAUUUGUCUCCCAUAAUAGACGAACGUGGCUAUGUCUGUUCAUUGAAUGAAAUCAGUAGUGUCGCCAAGAUAAGUCAAUACAUAAACUGAUUUACAUUUCUGAAUUGUAUCGCUGGACGAUAUUAAUAUAGAGUGUGUUUAUCAGUAAAUUGUGUAUCUUUUUAGCUUCUGCAAUAUAUUUUUAUUUCAUUCCUAACCAAACCAUGAUGCACGUUUGUUAAUUUUCAAAAAUUCAAAAAUAUUGAGGGAACAGCAUAACAAAUUCUUUUUUCAACUUAAAAAUAUAUUUCUUCUUGUAAAGUUGAAAAUGAGUGCAUUUUUUUAUUAUUAUUUUGGUAAGUAUUUAUUUUUCCUUGUUUCCGUCUUUUUGAUCUAUACUUGUGCAGUUUUCUUGUUUUGAAACUUUUUUAUUGCUUACUGUCCUAAACAAAAACGAGAAAGAGGAAGAUUUAAGCAGGGGCAAAUGGCCCCUCUAUCCACCCUUCAACAUCUUUUUUUUUUCAAAUUAAUAGAAUAUUUGGUAGCAUCUACUUCAUGAGCAAACCAAGCUGAAGUAUUGACAUGUCAUAAAAUAUACUUUCCCAGUCUAAAAGUCGACAAAAAUAUACUUUUCUGAUGAACACUAUUUGGAGUUAGUUUAUCUCACUAUGUAACUUAUUAAAAUCUUCCUUAGCAAGAAUUUGGGGUCAGUGAGAAUCAGGCAAGCGCUCGCCUGUUACACAACAGUUCCAUUUAAAAUAUGUAAUUGGAUGUUUUAAAAACCAAAACCAAAACAAAAUUUGCUAAAUGUGCAAAGCAGUUUAUACUUAUCAUAAUUUAAAUUUCUCCUCUCCAUUUCAACAAAACGCCAUUGAAAGCUAAACGAAAACAGUUUAUUUCUCAAGUAAUAUUUAUAUCAAUCUUCUUUACAUGUUAUUAUUUAAUUGCUUCAAACACUGUUCCGCAAUGUGACUAAACGAACUAAAAUAAAUUUGAAUGGGCUAGUAUAAAUAGAAAAGAGGUACGCAUUACAAUGCAGCAAAACAGCUAACUCGUCAAAGAGAGAAAAGAAUGAGAGUAUCACUCAGUUUAUCAUUUUUAUUCAAUUGCAAGCCAAACGGCGAAUGCGGACUUUACAGCACCGGACAAAAGUAGCAUGAAUGGGGUACCAAUUUAUGUUAGGUACAUUUUUUUUCGGACAUCAAAAGUGAAAUCAGGCUUUGUAGUUUAAUUACAAUUCAUAUGCAUUGAACUAAAAGUGCCUUAGUGCUUAUACUUUUUUUUUUCGUUAUUGUAACAAGAGUUAAAAUGUAUUAUUUGUAUGUUUUUUGAAAAAAAAAACUUUAAAACUGUUGAUCAAUUCUUAACAGUAUUAUGUUGCAAAUAUUACUUCUUCGUAAUUUGGAAAAAGUGUAUAAUGAUAUUUGAGUCUGAAAAUCAGUAGAAUUUGUAAAUUAUGAAAAUAUGUUUUGUCGCAUAUGAUUUAAAAACAACUGAUAUGUAAACCAAUAAUCAUUAUGCUAUCUCUUUUAUUUUAACAAAAGUUGAAAAGGAAACUAAAACUUUCUAUUCAAAAAUACAUUUUAGUAAUAUGGACUGUAAGGGACCUUCCAUAAAUGACGUAGUAUUUUUGACCCGCUUUGGACAUUCCCUCUCCCCUCGUUUCAUUUUUUUUCAUAUCUAAUACAUACAUGGUUCGUAGCAAAAUCAGAGACUCCCCUCGUCAUAAAAUGCUACUUCAUUCAUACACGCUCCCCAUUUGAAUAUCAACCAAGAAACUGAAGUUCUUGAUUUGUCAUUUGAGUCACUAAAUUUGUUCAAAAAUAGUAAAGAUUGAUUUAUCUUUGUCUGGUGCAGCGCUAUCGUUCAACGCAAAGCUGUCCUCGUCAUAUGGCACAAUUAUGAGCUCCAUCAGCAAUGUAUGAUUGAUAUGUAGUAAUUCAGAAAGGGCAUCACAAAAUUUAUAAACGGUCUACCACAAUCUUUUCUACUCUUUGAGAGCCGUAAAACAUGUUAGAUACAAUCUGUGAAAAAGUCAUUUAUGUGUAAAUAUAAAACUAUGAGUAAAAGGUAAACGCAAAAGCAGCAAAAACUGAGAAUAUAGACGUUAAGUUCUUACA